UUCGAAUCAGUUGGCUACUGCUCAAGCGACCAAACGGUUCAUCUUUCUGGCGGUGCAACGGCUAAUAUUCUAAAAAAAUAUCAUGUCGGCCGCAAGUCAGCUUAUCAUUCCAGACUAUUUGAAUGAGGAGUUGAUUAAGAAGUCACUGGUCAGUGAGUACCAAAAUGAUAACCUGGUGGUAGAAAAAUUUGAAAUAUCUCCGGCAACCUCGAGCGGUGACAACUACAUGAGUGAUGUAUUUCGUAUUCAAAUUAAGUUUCGAACCUCUCCAAAUGCUAAGAAAUCAGAGCAGGUAUCCUUAGUAGUAAAAUGCUUACCUGACACCGGAAGCCGUGGAUCAGUGAUUAAGGAGAUGAACGUUUACGAGAAAGAGGCAAAAAUGUUCCUUGACGUUGUUCCACAGCUAUCGAAAAUCGCUAACAAUGAAUUCUUUGCUGCCAAAUGCUUCUACGCGACACGUGUCCCAGAGUGUAUGCUAGUUUUUCAAGAUCUGAAAUCACUGAACUACGUUAUGGCAAAUCGUCAUGCUGGACUCGACUUUGAUCACUGUGCCCUGAUAAUGCACAAAAUUGGCAAAUAUCACGCUGCAUCGAUGGCAUACGCCGAACGCAACAUGGGAGUGAUGAAUAAGUACUUCCAUUUCAAUAUGUUCAACCCGGCAGUUGAACAGAAAAGUGAUUGUAUAAAUAUAAUUUUCGAAAAAGGAUUGGCCACCCUCAUUGAGGUCGCAGAAAGCAGUUGGGAUAAUUUCGAUUCGAGUAUAUUGGUGAAACUGAAGAAACUAUUGCCGGUUUAUGUUGCGAAGAUUGAAGCCUGUCUAACGCAGAAGUUCACGGAUGGCUUCAAAGUGUUAAACCAUGGUGAUCUGUGGUGUAAUAACAUGCUGUUCAAAUACAACCCACAAUCGGGAAAAGUGGAAGAUGUUGUUUUUGUAGACUACCAAAUUUGUUUCUAUUCGAGCCCUGGCGUUGACCUUAAUUAUGCCAUUGCCAACUGCCCUAACUUGGAAACACGCAAUCGAACUGACGAGCUUAUUGGAAUCUACUAUCAAUCCUUGAGUGAGACAUUGAAAACGAUCGGAUACUCGCGCAUCCCGACUAUGGCUGACGUGCAGCAUGAAAUUAGAAGAAUGGAAUUCUUUUCCUUGGUGUCGAUUGUUUCCAUCCUUCCAAUUGUCAUGAUGGAAAAAACAGAUGCUGUCGAAUUAUCCUUCGAGGCUUUUGCCAAUGAAGAGCUAGCAGAAAAAGUAAGAAAAAUUCAGUACAGUGGAAAAAUGUUUCAGUCGAUCGUAAAGCCCAUGUUGAAACAAUUCAACGAUAAAAAAUUGCUGGAUUUGUAAUCAAAUUUACGUGUAACUUAUGAAUAUUUAAUACAACAGUUUUACCGAGCAGUAUAAA